AUGUGCAAAUACUGCAUAGCGGUAAUACAGGAUUGGACGGGCACUGGAAAGACUCUUCAUGAGCACCAUGAGAUAUACUUGAAAAAACUGUUUCCUUUCUAUCAGUUUCAGAGCAAACAUAUCAAAUUCCCUCAAGUCCAACAGCAAAGUAAUGGAUCCGACUGCGGAGUCUUUGCUAUUGCAUUCGCGAUAUCGCUUAUUAAUGGUCAGAAGCCAUCAAGAAAAAAUUACGAUAUCUCUCAGAUGCGAACACAUCUGCUAAAAAUAUUCGAAAGCAACCUUAUGGAAAACUUCCCAUGCAUCAACAAGAAAAGAAAUAUUGUUUCGGUAAACACUGGUUCCUCUAGAAAACGUCAGGCACCUGGCGAAGAUGUCGGGGGACAAUGUGUAGAACAAAGUAAAAAGAGAACUUUAUCGGACGAGAUAGCACAGAUCAGAAAUAAAGCACCGUCCAAAAAAAAAUACCCAUCCACCGCAAAAGGAUAUAAGUCCCCAGUGAAACCACAUGAUAGCAAUAGAUUAGGACACGUAUCGUCGGUUGUAAAUGAUCAGACUCAUGAUCAUCAAGAACAAACGCUCGUCGAUGAGCGUAUUUCAGACCUUGAAAAACGUAGAAAACAAAAUAGAAAAUGUUAUCAUUCGAAUAAUGAAAAGCUGAGGGCUCGACAGCGAGACCGUUAUGUCUUGGAUAAAGAAAAACGCCUUGCUAGAAAAAAAAUAGAUAUCUGCUUGGCAUUGAUCAUCAGCGAACUCUGA